AGCCCGUGUUCGCCCAACACCGCCCCCUGCUGACAAGUGCAGUCAUUGCCGCAAAACCGAAGUGAUUGGCUGUCCCACCGGAAAUAGUUUGUGAUGUCAUCGCUUACCAUUUCUUUGCUGCGAUCUAGUGGACAAAGGCUGAACACCAACCCCUCGCUCGCUUUGUUCUGUAGACCUUGGAAUUGUUUUUAUUUUUGGGGGAUUAUUUUAAAGAGUUUCUUUAUUACAAUUCUCAGUAUAUGUUAUAUGAUUUAUCAUGUUAUUUGGGAAACGAAUGAGUGCGAGAGACAAAAAAAUGUUUAGUUCACGAAAUCAAGGAGAUAGGGAUUCCUCGUCACGAGUGAUGCUGAGCGAGCGGGCGGGGCCCGGAUGGAGAGCAAGGUGCUGGCGGUCGCGUUCAACCCCCCCGGCCCCCGUUUUCCUGCCUGCUCGUCCGCCUGCUCCGUGUUCAGUGAGCGGGGACUCGACGAUGUCUGAGGCCGGCCUGCACACGCACGCCGCCGCGAGCGGAGGAUGAACGCGGCGGCUGACGUCGUCGUCGUCGUCGUCGUCGUCGUCUCAUUUCGGCCUCUUGUCUGGCUCCGCCUCGACGGGAGCUCCGGCCCCGCUUCGACCGCUCGGUCUUCGUCUUUCGCCGCCAUGUGACGCGCGGGCGUCAUCCGGAGCGAAAAUGACGAGCGAGGCGCAGGACGUGUCGCCCGACUUUGUGCUCAUGCGCCUGGUCUCCGCCACCGAGGAGGACCGCCCCGAUGCCGAGAGCGGCCCGGCGCCGCCUGGGGGGGUCGCGGUGGCCGGGCUGGCUCGCAAAGCGGCCCUGGAGCUCAGCCGAGACGCGGGCCUCGAGCGGAACAAAGCCCCGGCGACUCGCGGACCCGCCGCACCUGACGGCGACGGCCAAGCCCAGCCGCGUGCGGCUCCGAGGCCGCAGAGCUCCGCGCAGGCCCCGGGAUGCGAGUUCGGCUCCGGUCUGCGGCCGCAGCUGCUGGUGUUCUCGGACCUCGUGCGCAAAGGGGACGGGAUCCUGGAACUGAACCAGCACAGGACUCCCCUGGGCUUGGACCUACCGAUGCCGGACCCCGGGGCAGGUUGCUCCAAGCCCGCCCUCGGGAAUAGCACUCUGACCCUGGAAGAAAUCCAGCAGCAGCUGCGGGAUCAAAUGGACGCAACCUGGGCGACGCGUCCUCCGGUCCCGCGGUCUGCGGAGCGGCGAGGAUCCGCGGAAGUGCGCCGUGGACGCCGACUCCUGGCCGGCCCGCCCCAGCUGCCCUCGCCGUCGGGGGGCUGCGCCCCGCCGGCCGUCAUCGACCCCAGAUGGGCGUGCGCCGGCUGUGACCGAGAGGGACCUGUGUUGAAGCUGGCCCGGAGGUUCGGGGAGCUGGGGGUCGGCGCCGUGCCAAAGAUGCUCCUCAAAGCGGGCGAGCUCCCGCGUUGCGCGUGUCAGGGGGCACACGCGCCAGGCGAGGAGCACGCCGAUGACCCUGCCGUCACCAGCGACGCUCUGCUGGUUCUGGAAGGGCUCGGCAGCGACGACGUGGCCGGGCUGGGCCUGCAGGACCGGAGUCCGCACGACCGGGAGCCCAACAGACACUUUUUAGUCAGCGCCAAACCGGACCUCGGCGACGAAAUAAGUUAUUUCCGGGCGCAAGUGACGGUGGAGGAGGGGCUCUGCGGCGGGGGGUCCCCAGAGGUCGACCCGGAUCCACAGGACUCCCCUCUGGUCCGCAGCCAGGCCUCCACCCCCCGCAGGAGGCCCGAGAAGUGUGCCAGUGCCCCGCGGAGCCCCUGCGGGGCGACCAAGACGCUGAGGGCGGCCGCCUCGUCCGCCAAAUCCAAGAAGCGCUCAUUGAGGGUCCGCCUGAGCAGGUUGUUCCGUGCCAAGAGCUGCAGCGGUUCCUUCCACCUACUGGACCGGGACCGCGCGACCCCUUUUGGUGGGCUGGCCGACGCGCACAUGAGCGCAUCGGGACCCGCGCUGGAUUUGGACAGCGUGGAUUGCGACGCGAGCGGCGGCAGGCUGAGCCGGGCCCACGCUGCGUUCUGCCCCGCCUCCCUCUCGUCCUUCGCUGGCGAAACGGUGUCUCUGCUGGACGUGGACCUCUCUCGGCGAGGUACCGCCAACACGCCUCACCCGCCCACGCCACCGCCUCCGCCGCGGCGAAGUCUCAGCCUUUUAGACGGCAUCUCGGGUCCCCAGUCGGGCGGUUUCCUGUUGAGCGUGAUGGGCGCGUCCCUGCAGUCCCUCCCCCUGCCGCUCCCCCCUCCCGACCCUCCCUCGCACGGCACCAUGCAGCACAGCCUCAGCCUCAAUGACGCUUUCCUGCGGGCGCUUCCUCACGUCAACCCGGCGCGGGCCGACCCGCCGCCCGCAUCCAGGCAGGCGGCGCCGCCCGUCCUCUGCGCUCUCCGCAGGUCCGAAGCCGCCAACUUCACCGCCAGCCUGCGGGAGCUGGAGAAGUGCGGCUGGUACUGGGGUCCGAUGAACUGGGAGGACGCGGAGAUGAAGCUGAAGGGCAAACCUGACGGAUCCUUCCUGGUCCGAGACAGCUCCGACCCGAGAUACAUCCUGAGCCUCAGCUUCCGCUCGCAGGGCGUCACGCACCACACGCGCAUGGAGCACUACCGCGGCACGUUCAGCUUGUGGUGUCACCCCAAGUUUGAGGACCGCUGCCACUCGGUAGUGGAGUUCAUCGAGCGCGCCAUCAUGCACUCCAAAAAUGGGAAGUUCCUCUACUUCCUGCGAUCCAGAGUCCCAGGCCUCCCUCCGACGCCGGUGCAGCUUUUGUAUCCCGUGUCUCGCUUCAGCAACGUCAAGUCCCUGCAGCACCUCUGCAGAUUCUGCAUACGCCAAAUCGUGCGCAUCGAUCACAUCCAACAACUUCCACUGCCCAGGUCGCUGCUGUCCUACCUAAGUAAGUUUUAUUACUACGACCCUGAGGAGGAGAUGUACCUGUCCAUCAGAAGCAUCCGGGCGGCGCUCCGGGCGCACACGUAGCACAAACGACGCCGACGACGAACGACAGCAACACGCCGCCGCGUGGAGACCCGAGCCAGCGCAACGAGCGUCGGCCGCAAGGAGGACACGCUGCCGCCGUCGCGGGUUCUCUCCGUUCUUGUUCUUCUCACCUCGGAUGGCGUCGGUGAGA